AUGGCCUUUGUGAACCACAGCACCAUGGCAGAAUUCAUCCUUCUGGGAUUCUCUGCUGACCCCCACAUCCAGGCUCUGCUCUUUGUGCUGUUCCUGGUAAUUUACUUCCUGACCCUGAUGGGGAACCUUAUGAUGUUGUUGGUGAUCAGGACUGAUUCUCACCUCCACACCCCCAUGUACCUCUUUCUGAGUCAUCUGUCUUUCAUUGAUCUCUGUUUCUCUUCUGUUAUUGUGCCCAAGAUUUUGGAGAAUCUUCUGUCCAAGAAGAAAGCCAUUUCAGUAGAGGGUUGCCUGGCUCAGAGUUUCUUUGUGUUUGUCACUGCAGGGACUGAAACCUGUCUGCUCUCAGUGAUGGCCUAUGACCGCUAUGCUGCCAUCUGCUACCCACUGCUCUAUGGCCAGAUGAUGAGGAAAGAGCAGUGUGUGCAGCUUGUGUGGGUCUCAUGGAGCUUAGGUAUUCUUGACGGACUCAUCAAUAUCCCCCUGGCAACAACAAUGGACUUCUGUGAGACCCAAACCAUCCCACAUUACAGCUGUGAGCUGCCCUCUCUCUUCCCUCUGUCCUGCUCUGAUGUCUCCACCAACCUCAUUGUCAUGUUCUGCUCCAUCAUCCCACAUGGUUUUGCCACUUUCUUCUCAGUCUUCUACUCUUAUGGCUGCAUUGUCUCCACCAUCAUGAGCAUCAGCUCCAGCUUAGGCAGAAGUAAGGCCUUCUCUACCUGCUCCUCUCAUGUUGUUACAGUGAGCUUAUUUUAUAGCUCAGCUUUUCUUCGCUAUCUCAUGCCACCCUCAGGAUCACCCCUGGAGUUGAUCUUCUCCCUGCAGUACAAUGUGAUCACACCCAUGCUGAAUCCCCUCAUCUACAGCCUGAAGAACAAGGAGGUGAAGGCAGCUCUGAAGAGAAUGGUGGGAAAGAAUUUACAAUGUUUUAGGUGA